UUAAAUAAUAUGUAAAAUUUGAAGUUCUAAACGUUUUGUUUUGAUAACAACAAUCUCGUUCUGGUUUUCAAUGGGAACUAGAAGAUCUAGCUAGAAAGGGAAUAAAUAGUAGAAGAGAACGUUCUCCGUGAUCUUCUAGAAAGUUCUUCGCCGAUGGCGAUCCUCUACGCUUUGGUGGCCAGAGGUACGGUGGUGCUGGCGGAGUUCAGCGCCGUCACCGGCAACACAGGCGCCGUCGCCCGCCGUAUCCUCGAGAAGCUUCCGGCAGAGUCUGAUUCUAGGCUUUGCUUCUCUCAGGAUCGCUACAUCUUUCACAUUCUCCGAUCCGAUGGCAUCACCUACCUCUGUAUGGCCAACGACACCUUUGGAAGGAGAAUCCCUUUUUCAUACUUGGAAGAUGUCCAAAUGAGAUUUAUGAAGAACUAUGGUAGAGUUGUCAAUUAUGCACCAGCUUAUGCAAUGAAUGAUGAGUUUUCAAGGGUUUUGCAUCAGCAAAUGGAAUUUUUUUCUAGUAAUCCUAGUGUCGAUACCCUCAAUCGUGUCAGGGGUGAAGUUGGUGAGAUACGUACAAUCAUGGUGGACAAUAUCGAGAAAAUAUUGGAGAGAGGUGACCGGAUUGAACUUCUUGUUGACAAGACAGCAACAAUGCAAGACAGUGCAUUUCACUUUAGGAAACAGUCAAAGCGCCUUCGAAGAGCUCUUUGGAUGAAAAAUUUCAAACUCUUGGCCUUAUUGACAUGCUUGAUUGUAAUCGUUCUUUAUUUGAUAAUUGCUGCUUGUUGUGGAGGCAUCACUCUACCAUCCUGCAGGUCCUAAUUGCAACUCCUGCUGGUUUAUGUAUUUUCUGAGCUCUGCAAUUUCGGAUUCAAACUUAUGAGCCGAAAGGGUCCAGAAACUGUUAAAUGUAUUUUCUUGUUUAUGUCGUUUUUAGUUCUGUAUUAUAGAAGUACAUGCUGCAGCAUGAUAAGGUACUAUCUGUGAUUAUGGGCCAUCCUUCUGUAAAUGUGGAUUUUUACUAUCUUACUAUCUUUCAUAAUCUAUGUUUAAAUUAUUUGUUUAGAAAAAAAUUGAAAUUAUAGUUAAGAAUGAUCGUCUCCCUGUCUCCCUGUUCCCUUUAGUCGUGGACGGUUCUAUAUUUUCAUUGCAACACUGAUUUUAUAUGAUAAAUUGAUCCUGCAUUGCCUAGAUGACUGAUAUAAUAUAAAAUGGCUUAUU